CCCGAAGUGCUUCCUUGCUGCGCAAAUGUGAUUUCAUUCGGGAACUACCCAACAGCAGAGUGAGGUAAAGGCAGAAAAGCAGGUGCAACUAAAAUAUCCAAAAUGUCGCUGUCAAAUAAACUCACCCUGGACAAGGUGGACGUGAAGGGGAAGCGCGUGAUCAUGAGGGUUGAUUUCAAUGUGCCAAUGAAGGACCAUAACAUAACGAACAACCAGAGGAUCAAGGCUGCUGUCCCCACCAUCAAGCACUGUCUUGACCAUGGGGCCAAGGCUGUGGUGCUGAUGAGCCACUUGGGUCGUCCUGAUGGGAACCCCAUGCCUGACAAAUUCUCCCUGAAGCCUGUGGCUGCCGAGCUCAAGAGCCUGCUGGGCAAGGACGUGCACUUCCUGAAGGACUGCGUAGGUCCCGACGUAGAGAAGGCCUGUGCUGACCCUGCUGCCGGUUCAGUCAUCCUCCUGGAGAACCUGAGGUUCCACGUUGCAGAGGAGGGCAAGGGCAAGGACGCCUCCGGAAACAAGACCAAAGCAACCCAGGAGCAAAUUGAUUCCUUCAGAGCCUCUCUGUCCAAACUGGGAGACGUCUACGUCAACGAUGCUUUCGGCACAGCACACAGAGCCCACAGCUCCAUGGUUGGAGUGAACCUGUCCCAGAAGGCUGCAGGCUUCCUGAUGAAGAAGGAGCUUGACUACUUUGCCAUGGCUCUGGAGAAACCAGCCAGGCCCUUCCUGGCCAUCCUCGGAGGAGCCAAGGUCAAGGACAAGAUUCAGCUGAUCAACAACAUGUUGGACCAGGUCAAUGAGAUGAUCAUUGGUGGUGGCAUGGCCUUCACCUUCCUCAAGGUCCUUAACAACAUGGAGAUCGGCGCCUCUCUAUACGAUGAUGAGGGUGCCAAGAUUGUCAAGGAGCUGAUGGCCAAGGCCGAGAAGAACAAGGUCAAGAUCAACCUCCCCGUCGACUUCAUCACCGCAGAGAAGUUUGACGAGCAUGCCCAGACUGGCACCGCAACCGUGGCUGCUGGCAUCCCUGCAGGCUGGAUGGGUCUGGACUGUGGACCAGAGAGCAACAAGCACUUCGCUGAGGCUGUAGGCAGAGCCAAGCAGAUCGUGUGGAACGGCCCCGUGGGUGUGUUUGAGUUUGAGAACUUCGCCAAAGGAACCAAGGGCCUGAUGGACAAAGUGGUGGAGGUCACCAAGUCAGGCUGCGUCACAAUCAUCGGUGGAGGCGACACCGCUACUUGCUGCGCCAAAUGGGGCACAGAGGACAAGGUCAGCCACGUCAGCACAGGAGGCGGAGCCAGCCUGGAGCUUCUGGAGGGUAAAGUGUUGCCCGGUGUGAAUGCCCUCAGCAGUGCCUAAGCCCCAUCACCGAGGAGAGGGGGGAGUGAAGACUAAUUCACCCGCCAGAGUUUGGACCCCCAGCUCCCAAGUGAAAAAGCUCUGUCUCCCGCCCUGCAUUAGCACCUCUACCACCAUCCAGUGACCCAGACGUCAAAUCACCUGCUUUCUAGUCUACUACUGUACAGACGGCUGGCACAAAUAGGAAUGAGCUCUCUCUCACUUUUGCACCUGCCCCAUAUCUACAUCACUGAGGAAGUGGAGGCGUUUGUAGCUGAAGCCACCCUCACAUGCACUUAUGUUCCUUCCUGCUGUGUUUCUCUCGGAGACGAGGGCCAGAGACCAGUCGGCUGCAGCUACAGUCGUUUUCACCAUACAGGAAUUUGGGAAUGUGCCAUGUGUUAAAGAGCGCCUGCGGGUGCAUCACUCUUGUUUAGCCAGCCAGCCCUGGGAGUAUUACAACCCUUCUAGCGUAAAAUUGUGUGUUGUAACUCUAUCCAGACCUUUUAUAUUUGUCCUCAGCCUCCACAAAAAUGUUGGCUCUGUCAGUUGCCCCCCUUGUCUCAACCAUGUCCUCCCACCUGUUAUCCUUAUGACCCUGUGGCUUGUGAAAUAGUCGUUCCCCAGUGGGGGUUUCAGAGGGGUCGAGCUACUGUAAGUCAUGUGACCUGAGCCGAUGCUCACGGAAUAAAACACUUGGUGUAAAAUAUAA